AAAUAAAGGCAGAGAACCACAAAAAGAAGAGAACCAACAUUUAUUAAAUGUCUCCUAGGUGCCAGGCACUUUGCUAAACAAGAUUCAAGAGAGCAAAGAUGAGGCACAAAGAUUGUGAAGAAUUACCAUGAGAUGUUCUCCUUGCCGAAAAAAUAACUUUAUUCAUUAGUAAAGGCCUCGGACAAAACUGAUAGGUAAUUUUGUGCCAUACUUUGGGAAGGGGUCAUUUUAUAGACUGAAGGAAGAGAGAGAAACCGGGAGAAUUGGAGAGAUAAGGGAUGUUUUGGAAGAUGUUUUGCUUGAAGGAUAAGAUCAGGAGGAGCAAAGGAGAAUGCUAGAAGGACAAAAUCAGGGAAGAGUAGGGAAGAACGCAAGCGUGUAUUAAGUGCCUAAGGGCCCGGCACUGUGUUAAGUGCUGAGGAAUACAAAGAAAGGCAGGAUUUCCAAGGUAAAGGACCAGAGGGGGACUAAGAUGAAGGAAGAAAAUUCGCAGACCAAAAGGGAAACAAUUUCAAGGAGGAAGAAAAGGGGGAUUUUCUGAAGAGAUCAUGUGGAUGCUCCGGGAACUUGCCGUUCCCAGUUAGAUUUUAAAAGGAAAUAUCCAGGAGACAUCAGGUAACAGAGGGGGACGACACGAGCGUAGCAAGCACGGGUAAAGUGAGGCUCAGGACAAGCGGAGGCCAGUCAAGGUGGGGAUUUAAUCGAUGCUGAGAGAAAAGGGAGGCUCCCGGGAGGGGGGACCCCGGUCCAAGGACAAUGCCUCCGAUCGCUUGCUGGAGGUCAGGGAACAGGGUCAGGACAGGGAAGCAGGAGAAGGCAGGACGGAGGAGCCCACGCGUGUGCAAGAGCCUCUAGACAUACACAGACACCCCCUCUUUUACGUACGUUACGAGAAUACGCACACUCGAAAUGUCCCAAGAACCUUCCACACCCAGAGACACUGAGCACCCCACACCGCCGAUAUUUACAAAGGAAGUGACCGCUUCAGGCCCCGCCCCUCCAAGCUCCAGUUUGGGGGAAGAAACUUGGGGGCGCAUGCGCUUAGGGUUGCCUUCCUUACCACCUCCCCACCGUUGCCAUUGCGGCUGCGUAGGCACAGCGACCACCCGCAGGCUUCUGAGUCCGCUGGGGGCUACGGGGGCGAUAUUGGAGAGACGCUAAGCGAGGUGUGAUGCCCCAUAACUGUCCCCCAAAGCGGCGCCUGGAGGAGGCCGGACCCCCUGCCAGGAUCCCGUGGGCCAGAUCCCGGGAGGCGGUGACCUUCAGGGAUGUGGCCUUGGACUUCACCUGGGACCAGUGGGGAUGUCUGAGCACAGCUCAGAGGGAGCUCUACAGGGAGGUGAUGCUGGAGAACUACAAGAACCUGGUCUCUGUGGGGCUUCUUGGUCCCAAGCCAAACCUGAUCUCCUGGCUGGAACAAGGGGAAGGGGCUGCGAUCUGGGAUCCCCUGGGAUGCACCGGAGGUCGCCUCUGUCUGUGUGAAGGUGGGAGAUCCAGCCGGCGGCCGGGAGCCAGCGAGAGGAGCUGCUCUGCUCAUCACUCGUGUGCAUCCAUCUUCGAAGCCUUGGAUGGUGCAGGUUGGGAUUCUAAACUUGAGAACCGAGAAUCACCUCUAAAUCAAAAAGCAGGAACACCAGAGACAUUAGGGGAAGAACUCCUUGAAGAUGUCCUCCAUGGCUCCAUAUUUAUAGGAGAUCCCACCCAAGAGAUUCCAUUAUGGAAGCAGAUGGGAAAUAUUUCAAGGAACUUCCAUGAUUUCAAGAAAUUGGCUUUCUUCCGUAGUAAAAUCCCCAGUAUACAGACAGGCCACAGCUGUUUUGAUAAUGGGAAACAUUUCAGUCAGGACAUCUCUGGGCUUGAGAGUUCACGGAAUGGUAAUGAAUUUGGGGAUCUCACAGCCCUUAUUCAACGUCAGAGAGCAAAUAGGCAAAAGCAACCUUCUGACUGUGAGGAACUUGGGAAAGCUUUUAGUCCAGAUGUACAUGUUACUCAACAUAGGAGAAUUCCUCCUGGACAGGAGCUUUACCAGAGGAAGGAGGGUGAGAAGAUCCAGGAAAGGUCCCACCCUACUCCAGAUCAGACAGUGCCCAAUGAAGAGAAACCUUAUAAAUGUAAGGACUGUGAAAAGAUCUUCACCAGCCGUUCAUGCCUUAUUAAUCAUGAAAGAAUUCAUUCUGGAGACAAACUCUCUGAGUAUAAGGAAUGUCAGAAGGCCAUCAGGAAACGCUCACCCCUUGUUCAGCCUCAGAGAGUUCGAAGUGAAGAAAAACCUUACAAGUGUCAGGAGUGUGGGAAGGCCUUCCGACACAACUCAGUCCUUGUUCAACAUCAGAACAUUCACUCUGGAGAAAAACCUUAUCAGUGUAAAGAGUGUGGGAUUGCCUUCAGCCAGAAGUCAUACCUUACAAAACAUAAAAGUAUCCAUACUGGAGAGAAACCCCAUCAGUGCAAGGAGUGUGGGGCAGCCUUUAGGCAAAGGUCAUACCUUACUAAACACCAGAGAGUCCACACCGGAGAGAGACCUUAUCCAUGCAAAGAAUGUGGUUCAGCCUUUAGCCAAAAGUCAUACCUUACUAAGCACCAAAAAAUCCACACCGGAGAGAGACCUUAUCCCUGUAAGGAAUGUGGAUCAGCUUUCCGGCAGAAGUCCCAUCUCCGACAGCAUCAGCGAAUCCAUGCUGGAGAAAAACCUUACCCGUGCAAGGAGUGUGGGACAGCCUUCAGCCAGAAGUCCUACCUUACUAAACACCACAGAAUUCACACUGGAGAAAAGCCUUAUAAAUGUAAUGACUGUGGCUUAGCCUUCAGUCAGAGGUCCUACCUUACGAAACACCAGAGAAUUCACACAGGAGAAAGACCUUAUCAGUGUAAUGAAUGUGGAGGAGCAUUUAGGCAGAGGUCCCAUCUCAUCCAUCACCAGAGAAUUCACACUGGAGAGAAGCCUUAUCAGUGUAAGGAGUGUGGGAAGGCCUUCAGGCAGAAUUCGGUCCUUAUCCAGCACCAGAGCGUUCAUGCUGAGGAGAAACCUCACCGAUGUAAGGACUGUGGCAAGUCUUUCAAUUGCAAGUCGCACUUGACUCGACACGAGAAAAUCCACACUGGGGAGAAACCUUUCGAGUGCACCAGGUGUGGGAAAGCGUUCAGCCGGAAUCUCACCCUCAUUGCCCAUCAGAACAUCCACACAGGGGAGAAGCCUUACAAAUGUCAAGAGUGUGGGAGGGCCUUCCGGCACCACUCGGGCCUUACUCAGCACCAGGGAGUUCACACUGAAGAGAAGUCCUACCGGUGUGACGACUGUGGGACCAUCUUCAGCCAGAAGUCGUACCUUGCUAUUCACCAGAGAAUUCACACCGGGGAGAAGCCUUAUCAGUGUAAGGAGUGUGGGGCAGCCUUUAGGCAGAGGUCCCAUCUCAUCCAGCACCAGAGGAUUCACACUGGAGAGAAGCCUUAUAAAUGCAGGGAGUGCGGGAAGACCUUCAGGCAGAACUCCGUCUUUAUCCAGCACCGAAAAGUUCACACUGAAGAGAAGCCUUACCAAUGCAAGGAAUGCGGGAAGGCCUUCAGGCAGAACUCCGUCCUUAUUCAACACCAGAGAAUUCACACUGAAGAAAAGCCUUAUCAGUGCAAGGAAUGUGGGAAGGUCUUCAGGCAGUACUCUGUCCUGGUUCAUCAUCAGAGAAUUCACACCGGAGAAAAACCUCACAUGUGUAUCAGGUGUGGGAAGGCCUUCAUUCGGAGAUCAGAGCUUCUUUCGCAUCAGCUAAUUCACACAGGAGAAAAACCAUAUAAAUGUAGGGAAUGUGGGAAAGCCUUCAGGCAGAACUCGGUCCUUCUUCAACAUAAAAGAAUUCACACGGGUGAAAAACCUUAUCACUGUAAAGAAUGUGGGGCAGCAUUUAGGAAAAGGUCCUACCUCAUCCAACAUCAGAGAAUUCAUACUGGAGAGAAACCGUAUAAAUGCAAGGAGUGUGAGAAAAUGUUCAGCAACUGUUCAUCCCUUUAUAAUCAUGAAAAAAUUCAUAAAAGAGCAAAAUCUUAUGAAUGUAAAUAAUAUGAAAGAGUAUUCAGAUAUAUUGCAAUUCUAUUCACCAUAAAUAUUUCUUAAUGGAGACUCUGUGGAUGGGACAUACAGGGAAAAUCCUUCAAGACUCAAAUCUUCCACAUCAGAGAAUUCACACUGAAGAAAACUAUGGAUGACAUGAAUGUGUGAAGGCAGAGGAUUUUUCUUGUGCUAGGGAAAGUCUUCACUUUCUGAAGACAAGGAAUCAUUGCACCAUCCUAGGAAUACAAUGAUUGGGAAAAGUCUCUGGUCAGAGGUUUGCCCUAUUUUACCAUCACUGGACUGAUACUGGGUGAAAAUAUGAGUUGUUUAUGUCUGAACCCUGUUCUUCAUGAUCUCAGAACACCAAGGAAUAUUGGAAAUAAAGGAAAAGAAAAAUAGGAGGGAAAAGGGAAGAAAUAGUCGUACCAAAAACCUGAAAUGACAGCAAAGACACUGAAGAACAAAUUUUAGAAGAGCAAAGCAAUAACUCCAGAAGAAACAAUCAGUAUUUAUUGACUGUGUGCCAAGGACAGAAUUAUCUGUCUCUGUCAUCAAGAUGAUUAUAUUCCAGCCAGGGACAGUGUGGGAGGAAUGGGGGGAGACACAGUAUAUACAUACAUCUAUUUGCAAACUAUAUAUUAAAAAAACCCAAGAAUGAUGUGAGUAAGGCUGGGGCAAGCAGACCACCCAUGGUUAGGGAGAUCAGGAAAGGCUUCCUCGAGCAGGUGGACUCUGAUUCUUGCAUGAAACAGCAGAAGUGAGGUGGGAGGACAUUCCAGGAAUAGGGCAUGGCCAAAGCAAAGGUUUGGAGAAAGGAAAGGGACAAGGCACAGUAUCUCAGGAACAACAGCGAGACCCAGAAAGUGAGAACAAAACUACCACAAGAAUCCUAGAAUGAUCAAGCUUAUCUUCAGAUUAAAGAAGGAAAUCUAUUUAAAAAGACUUUGAAAAAACACAAACAAACUGAUUUGGCUGGAACAGAAGGUGGAAAAUCUGAAAGCAAUAGGUUUUUCUGAAAAGAGAACAUGGAGAGUUUUCAGGGACAAUGAUUCAAUCAGGAAGCACUUAUAAAACCCUAUGUGCCAGGUACUUUUGCAGUUGUGGAAAUACAAAUACAAAGAAUGAAACAAUUUCUGGUCAUUAGAAAUUGACAUCCUAGUAGAAGAAAUAAAUAUAUGUUGUAUGUGUGUGUGUGAAGUAAAUCACAAAUAUAUUUACAAUAACUAAAUACAAGGCAGUUUGGAAGGAAGGGCAGUUGGAUAAGGAAGAUAUUUCCAGAAGAUAGAGCUUGAGAUAACUCUUAAAGGAAAGGAGGGACUCCAGGACAGUUGAGGAGGGCAUGUAUUCUAGAAAAGUGGGAUGGCCAUUGCAAAGGCAAAAUGAGUAGACACUGAAUACAACGUGUGAAGAACAGAGAAGAGGCAAUUUUGGGUAGAUUUAGGCAUUUAAGAGGGGAGUAAUGUAUAAUGAAGCAAAAAGGAGUUCAUUUUAUAAAUCACAAAAAUUAAACAGAAGAAUAUAUAUUUUAUAUAAGAGACAAUAGGAAGCUAUUGGAGUUGCCUAAGUAGGGGAGCUCUAUGGCUUUUGGAAGAUGAUUUUGAUAGCAGACUGGAGUGUCUGGGAAGUCAGGGAAAUGGAAUAGCAGGUUCUUGUGUGAUCUAAGGUCCUGAGCACCUGAACUAAGAUGGUAGCUCUGAUAGAAGACCUCUGAGAGAGAUGGUAACUGUAGAAAUGGUGGGAAUUGCCUUCUGAUUGGAUCUCUGGGAUGAGGAUGAUGGCAGAGUUGAGAACCUAGGGUGAAAGCAGAGAGGGUUGGGGGGGGAAGAUGGAGUUCUUUUGGGGGUAUCCAGUAUGAGCCUAGCAGACAAUUGAUGAUGUAGUACGCAAACAAACGUGGAGGCAUAAGCAUCCUGCAUUUGUAUAUGUAGAAAUAUGUGUGUGUAUCUCUAUAAUAGCCCAGAUAUAUAUUUACAUAUAUAUGAGUGUAUAUAUUUCUCUGUGCACAUAUACAUCUGCAUAGAGAUGAUAAUUAACCCCUUAGAGGUAGAUGAGGUAAUCAAAAGGGGAUAGAAGAGGAAAGAACCUAGCAAGAGACUGAGGGAAUUAGCAUCCGCAGUUGGGACAUGGGACGUGGAUGAUGAGGCAGGGAAGGAUAUAGGGAGGGGUCAGAUCAUCCCACUGGGAAGAGACUCAGGGGAGAGCAGUGUCAGAAAAAGCCCAAUUGGAGAAAGUCUCCAGGAGGAGAGGGCGGGCAAGAGUAUCCCCUGCUGCAGGUCCAGGAAGGUGAAGUCCCUGGAAAGGAGGUGAGUGCCUUGUUAUUGGUCCCCAUGCCUCCUUUGUGGUGGUCUGCAGUUGUGCAUGUGUGAGUGUGUGGUAGGAUGGUGCUUGUCCUUGUUCUUCGCAGAGAACCCUGGGGCCAUUCUCUGUGAACUCCCUUUCCCCCCAGUCCUUAACUCAGACCUCUUGAUGUCCCCUGGUGCCUUGGGUCUCCAUUGUAGAAUUGGCCCUUUUCUUUGCUGAAGACAAGCCUUGAUGUGUGUCCUCGAGCCCUCUCCAGCAGAUUGUCCCCCAAAGCCCCUUUUGCUCCCCAAUCUUUUUUCUCUCCCUCUGUCCUGGUUCCUUUCCCACUGCUUACAGACAUAUCUAAGUCCACUUCCUUAGAAACCUUCCCAAAGGCCCUCAACUUGUCCAAAAUGUCUCCUCUCUUCCUUACCUGAACUCGCAGGAAAGCUCUUCUGCCCGCGUUGCCUCGGCUUUGUCCAUACCUGCUCCCUCCUCAGCCUUGCAUACCCGCCUCCUUGCAGACUCCGAUCUCUUGGACUGCAGCAGGGAGCUCUUAAUUGCCGAAUCUCAAGGUGGUUUUCUGGCGCUCUUGUUCUUGACCUGUCUCUUUCAUUCAACAUGGCAGGGCCCCCUCCCCUUCUGCUUUUGGGGUUUUUAUGACUGGAGCAUCUUCCUGCCCGUCACUCUCAGUCUUUGCUUGCGGGUGACAGCACUUUGUAUUUGCCACGUGCUUUUCCAUGAUCCCGUUUGGUGGCCAUCCACUCCAGGAUCUUUGCGGGUUCCCCCUCGGCUCUAUCCCAGGCCCUUCUUUUCUCUUCACGACUUUGUCAGGUUCCAAAGGCUUCAUCAUUAUCCCUAUUCCGAGCUCACCUACACCUGUUUCCCACACCCACUUCCUACAUCACCAACUGCCUGUUUUCACCUGGAUGUGCCAUGUACAGAGACCCUCCAUCUUCCCAGUCCUGUGACCGUCCCUUCCCCCCACUUCCCUGGUACUGUGAUUCUCAAAGUCACCUGAGGUCCCUCUCCCAGUCCAAGCUUGGACCUGCCCCUUGCCCCCCUCCCCAUGCAGCCACCCCCCUGAUGGGAGCCUCAUCCGCUACCUGGGCGAUUACAGUGGUCCCCUUGCAUUCCACCUGCCCCUAAUCCAAGCUGUGAACUCCUACAGCUCAGGACUAACGGGCCAGUUUUAUUCUCAGUAACGUUCAGUAGCUCCCCACUACUGCAGAGAUCAAAUUCGAACCCCGUGUUGGCCUUCAGAUUCAUCAGGACUUGGUCUCAAUGUAUUUUUCCAGCUUAAUUACACUUUUCUCCCCUUUGGGCGGCCCCUGGCCCAGCCCAGGAGGACGUCUUGCUGUUCUUCGUACAUAACUCUGCCUCCACCUCCGUAUAGGUUUCCUGGAGCUGCCAUGUUCCAAUCCCCCCACGUGUGAAACAUUUCCCCUGCUUAUAGCCACCUCUUAGGGUUCCUAGUUCUUCUAUGUGAACGCCCCCUCCAGCGAGUCCUCACCCACCCCUACCCCCGCCUCACAUAUAUCAUUUGUAUUCACCUGUGUAGGUACUAUGGUUUGCCUCCUCCUGCUGCAUCCAGAUUGCCCAAUGGGCAGAGCACUGGGUUUAGGGUUAGGAAAAUUCGAGUUAAAUUCCAUCCCCGAUCUGGGCAGAGUCACCCACCAUUUGUCUCAACUUCCUCAUUGUAAAAUGGGAAUAAUAACAGCACCUACCUUCCAGGGUUUGGGGGAGCAUCAAAUGAGAUGUUUCUAAAACAUUAGCAGUGUUUGGCACAUUAGUAAGUGCUUAAUAAAUGCUUGUUACCUUUUUGCCUUCGCCUUCUUCCCUCAAGUUCCUUAAUGGCAGGGAUUGUUUCACUUUUGUCCUUGAAUGCCCAGUGUCCGGCACCUAGUAGGCACAUAAUAAAUGCUUGUUGAUUGA